GCGGCCGCGCGCGCGCGCGGGCGGGGUAAGAUGGCGGAACUGGGGAAGAAGUACUGCGUGUACUGCCUGGCCGAGGUGAGCCCGCUGCGCUUCCGCUGCACCGAGUGCGCCGACAUCGAGCUCUGCCCCGAGUGCUUCUCGGCGGGCGCCGAGAUCGGCCCGCACCGCCGAUGGCACGGCUACCAGCUGGUGGACGGCGGCCGCUUCACCCUCUGGGGCGCCGAGGCCGAGGGCGGCUGGAGCAGCCGCGAGGAGCAGCUGCUGCUGGACGCCAUCGAGCAGUUCGGCUUCGGCAACUGGGAGGACAUGGCUGCUCACGUGGGAGCAUCCCGAACGCCUCAGGAAGUGAUGGAACACUACGUGAGCAUGUACAUCCACGGCAACCUGGGCAAAGCCUGCAUCCCUGACACCAUUCCCAACAGGGUGACGGACCACACGUGUCCCAGCGGCGGCCCGCUGUCGCCCAGCCUGACGACGCCGCUGCCGCCGCUGGACAUCUCGGUGGCGGAGCAGCAGCAGCUGGGCUACAUGCCCCUGCGCGACGACUACGAGAUCGAGUACGACCAGGACGCCGAGACGCUCAUCAGCGGCCUCUCGGUCAACUACGACGACGACGACGUGGAGAUCGAGCUCAAGAGGGCUCACGUGGACAUGUACGUCCGCAAGCUCAAGGAGAGGCAGCGGCGCAAGAACAUCGCGCGGGACUAUAACUUGGUACCGGCCUUCCUGGGGAAGGAUAAAAAAGACAAGGAGAAAGCUCCCAAACGGAAGAUCACAAAAGAGGAGAAGGAGCUGAGGCUGAAACUGAGGCCUUUGUACCAGUUCAUGUCUUGUAAGGAGUUUGAAGACUUCUUUGAGAACAUGCACAAGGAGAGGAUACUCCGAGCGAAGAUUCGGGAGCUGCAGCGGUACCGACGGAACGGCAUCACCAAAAUGGAGGAGUCGGCAGAGUACGAGGCGGCCAGGCACAAACGGGAAAAGAGGAAGGAGAACAAGAACAUAGCUAGUUCCAAGAGAGGGAAGGAAGAGGGUAAAGAAGGUGAAUUUGCUGCCAUUGAAAACCUGCCCGGCUUUGAACUCUUAUCGGACAGGGAAAAGGUGCUCUGCAGCUCUCUGAACUUGAGUCCUGCACGUUACGUGACUGUAAAAACUAUCAUCAUUAAAGACCAUCUCCAAAAAAGACAAGGAAUUCCUUCAAAGAGUCGCCUUCCCAGUUACUUAGAUAAGGUACUGAAGAAAAGGAUUUUAAACUUUCUGACAGAAAGUGGUUGGAUAUCCAGGGAUGCUUCAUGAAAUUCAGCUGAUCUGAAAAAACACAGCAGAGGCCCGUUACAGCCUCGAGGACUCCGUUAUUUUUUUUCCUUCCCUCCCUCCCCAAAGAUACAGAAACCAUGUUGCUUAAAAACACAAAAGAGCAAAUACAUAAAUCCCCACAGUCAUCAUGAUCCAUGGUGGUUCCAAUAGACUUUUGCUUUGGAUCAUGGAAAAUAUUUACUUGUGAAACUUCUCCAUUGGAUUUCACUGCUUUUGGUACAUUUUUAGAACAGAUUUUUUCAUGUGAACUUUCUCAAGUCCGGUAGUCCCAGAGUAGUUGCUUUAGUCCAUACUGUUGGAUAAAUGAGUAUCAGUGUAAUGCUUGCUUUUCUUUACAGGUAGGAGACAGUUUCAUUUGCUGGAAACUUUCUUCACCCUUUGUUUUGUUUUUUUUUUGGCAUAAUGCUGGCAGCAAAGUGAAGCUUGCAAAAGUCCUGUGCUCAGGAGCAGGUGAGCGGGGGCUUUUGUGACCAUUGCUAAGCUUUGGAAUGUUGUCCUUAGUAACUACAGCCAGGGCGUGGGGACACGGGGGUGAGAGUUCCUGUCGAGAGUACUGCAGGGUGAGCCGUGGCAGGGAGAGGAAGGAAGGAAGGAAGGAAGGAAGUGUGGUAGGUGAGAUGUCUCCAGGGGUUUGUGCUGUGCAGAGGGUUCUUGAAGAGCUCCCAGCCGAUCCGGGCAUUGCUUUGACCUGAGUUUCCUGUAACAGACCCUCUGAAGCUUUGACGUUUCCUGCUUGGUCCUGGAGUGCCAGGAAUCCCCAGCAGCUGUGGGGCUCUGCUCCACAGAGGGGUCAGCUACAGCGAGGUACCUGAUCCAGGCCAGAAAUGGGGUUGGAGAAUGGGCUGUGAGGGGUUUGGCAGGAGGUGAGAGCCUCAGGCAGCAAAAUCCCUGCUUUUCCUUGUUGGGGGCGCCUGCUCCGCCUCCUUUGGGAUGUUAACUGCUGAACUCAUACGGGCUGAGCAAGUGUAGCUGCUGCCUCAGUUUUGUUGGGAAGUCAGGAAAAGGGAGUAAGAUUCUCAAAUGGGGCCUUUAAGAACAAAAAUAACAAUUGAUGCAGAUUUGGUCAAAAUGCACAAAGUAUUCCUAAACUUGGGGUGCUUAAUCCAGCCACUGUAGGGUUCUAAUUGCACUUACAUUGCGUUGUACUAGCCCAGGCACACUGAAUCUGAAUUUACUGACAGGUAGAAGAACAGUGCACCCUGGCAGGGAUCUCCUGCAGUUCUGCAGCCUGGAGCUGGCCCCCAUCUGGGAUGUAACACAGCAGGAAACACAAACACCAGGACCAUUCUAGUAAGAUGUGUUGAUUAAGGGAAAGAUUUUUAUGCCCGUUUCAUCCUUCAAUUCCCAUGCAGAUAUUUAACCAAAUAAGUAAAAAAUUGUGGUUGUCAUGUGGAGGAUGGCACAGAGUUACCUGUGCCUCAGCCUCUCUGCAGUCUGGAGCAGGAGGCUGUGACUGGAGGCAGGCUGGACAGCUCUUCUGGAGUGCAAGUGUACCAAAACUUGGAACUUGACUGGCUUCACUAGGAGUGCAAGAUCUGGAAAUGUCAUCUGGCUUUGAUGCUUUUGGCUGUAGUCAGUGAGGAUACCACAAAAUCUUAAAACAGUAUUAAUUCUGUAGUUUGGCAGAGGUAUUCUGAUCAGAACUGGGUUUCAUUUAAUAUAUGCAGCAUUACCAAACUAGUCACCAGUGAGUUUAGAAUAAAAGGGGUACAAUUACAAAGCCAGCAUUUCUAAGGAAAAAAACCAAAACUCUAGUGCCUUUUUCUUUUGAGCUUAUGAUGUUAUCCCUUCAAAAAGGUAAGGGCUAUGUCCUCUGGGAUGUAAUACUUUGUUUGGCUUACCUGUAAGUGGUUUGUUGUGGCAUACUCGAGACAAAACUGUCUCUUCUUGGCAGCAGUGGAGCUAACUGCAGUGUAACUGCUGAGUAGCUUUAAUAACCACUUCCACCCUAUAUGCUUGUACAAGCAGCACACAAGUUCAUAAGGUGUAAACCCUUGGUUAUUUUCUCUGUCCUCUUCCUGUGGGAAGGAAGCUCAGUCGUUCUUUUCAGCAUUCUAGUUCUGCAAUUUGGUUCUUCCUGUAAUUUGUUACCCAGCUGCCAUAACAUGCUGUUGUGAAGCCUCAAUUCUGCGUGUAGCUGGGAGUUUAAGAGAAUUGUUUUGGGUUUGUUUCUUCUGCGUUUUUUUCCCCUCAAAUCUGAUUUUCAUAUUUCUACACUGUUUUGGCAUAUCUAAGUUAAACUGAAGCAAUAGCGUAAAGCCCAUCUGAACAAUAACUUAGGAAAAAAUCUAGGCACCAAUGAGUCAUUUAAAUGUUGAAGUGAAUUCUGCAUUUACACUUUGUAGCUUCUUAAUUCCUCAACCCCUCCAAAAUGUUUCUUUGGUGCUAGAUGUAACUUAUUGAACAUCGAAAUGAAUGUAAAAUAAAGUAUUUUUAAUGUAUGCAAUAUGGAUAUCAAUAUUUAUUUUGUACUUGCAAGUUAACUCAAGGUGGUAAAUGUUUGCUUUAGCAAAUACUAGUCCCUUGGAAAGGGCUUCCCUAGAAGCAAUGUCUCAUUGUCAGCUAUGCUUUUAAUUUUAAAGGUGACUUGCACUAGAGGAUGCUGCUGUUCCAUAUUUCACAUGGAACUGAUUUAGUCUAAGCAUUCCUUUGUUAUGAGCUGCUGGUUUUCUGUUUGAUUGCUUCUAAGUCGAGAUGCAGUAAUGUUAAUCCAGCAAUUUACUACAGCUCUGCUGCUUCUCUUCUGUGUGAAGGGGCUGAGAUGGCAAAGAGCUCUUUCAGCUUGUAUUUUGUGUUGCUCUGGAAGUGCUUCCUGUACUGUACAAAUAACCCAGCCUUCAUGUUGCUAAUGACAAGGUGUUUUAUAUGCUUAAUGCUCCUUUCAAAUUAAAGUUAUUACUAAUGACAAUACCUGUCUGAACAGCAUUGAUGUAAGCCUAUGGAAAAGCAACAUUCUCUGAGCUGUUCCAAAUCCCGGCUGUGCUGUGGGUGGGGCUGUGCUGUGUUCUGCUGCAGCCCCUCCUGCCCCGCUCACGGCAGGCCGAGGCUGAGAGCCCGCACUGCCUCGGAAAUCGCCCAGCUGAGCACUCUGCCAUUAUUCCCGUGUGUGAUUCCUGUGCAACUGCAACAGGCUUCAGGAGCCUUCUGGUUAAUGCUCUCACUAAAAGCUUGUGCUUGUGCCCCAGUCACUCCUAAGUGGCGACACACUAAAGACUGGGAAGCAAAAUAUCCCAGGAGGACGUUCAGCUCAUCAGCUUCUUUCUUUCUUAAAGGGAAUGUUGCAUUCAUUUGAAGUUUACAUUUGUAGCUGUGCCAGACACACGAACGCCUGUGCUGCAAUCACACAAAGCCUAACUGAUGUUGUGCACACAGCUUUUUACUAGAUUUUUGCAUUGUGUAUUGGUAAAUAAACUUACGUUGAAGUUUCUUUCCAUGAUUGCUUUAACAAUAAUGUUGCUUGGGCACUGAGGAAAAUGACUUAAGUCUUUGCAGUAGCCAGUGGAGAUGCAUUGUAGCUAAACGUGAUGGGUGGAAAUGCAGUCUGACAUAGCUGGUACUGGUGGUAGCUUUGUUGGGUGCUUAAGUUUCAGAACUAUUUACCUCUGUUCUUUGAUUUCUUCAGAGCUCCUUCCUGGGCUGUGACAGAGUGCACAGGUGGGUGGAGAUUUAACAGGACCUUGUGUUUAACAACACCCCGAAUGAAUUGAUGUAGUCCAGAAGUGACACUUUGUGUGAAGCACAGGGAAGCUCAUUAAGGAAAUCUUCUCUGCUAGGGAACAAUGUGCCCCUUGGUUUUAACUCCCUGUUGGAAAAACUUCUAUACUAGGGAUGUUAUUAUGACAUUUAGUUUAGAUCCAGAGGGAUGGGGAGGGGACAAACAACACAUGACAGUUCUUAAAAGAUGUAUAAAAUGGAACCUGGUCCCUUUUUGACAUCAGUUGUGAGAACAGGUCCCAAUGGAAGUGCAACAGAACUGUUUCUCCAAUCCUACUUCACACAACUACAGUGUGCUCUUAAACCCAGAUGGAGGAAAGAUUCUUCCAACUUCACUGUAUGGAAUCCCUUUUUCCCCCUGUAUUUUUAACUCGAUCUUUGCCUUUUUUCCCUUGUACUUGAUUAGUUUUAAAAAAGUAACAUUGUAGUUGUUUUCACACAUCAAAAAAUUACUCUCCUUCCUCUGCCCAGUCAAAGCAUUCUUUCUUCGAGUUGAGAAAGAAUGAAUCCUUAAAUAUGACAAACAUGACUAACCCCCAAACAGUUUUAUGCACUUAGGCUGUUCCUGGUUAAUGUUCAAUUCCCAUGAGGGAAACCAGUACUGGGAAAAAUGUCUUAAGGAAUGAGUAAUCACUUCUCACCAUGAGUAGGUCCAGUGCUCUGUAAGCUCUUGGCAACUCUGCAUCUGAACCACAAGAAUAUAAUAAAUACCUGACUUUAAGAAACUCCUUAAUCCAAAAUAACCAGAAACAGUAAAAAAUUGGAAGUACUUACGUUUCACAGGGCCCAGUAACUUCCCUAAGUUUGAGGAUUCUGUCCUGUGUGUUAAUAGUGUGAGCUUUCAGGAUCCAGGAGGGUGGAUCCUUUGUGGUUGUGUGAUUUGCCAGGUUCCACCCCCUGCUAUCCAGGUGACCAGACAAUGUCCUCCAGGUAAUCAUGUGCUGUAUAUGAGCCUGAUUCUGCAGGAGUGGGAGCAGCAGGUGGAGUUAGAUGGCAAGCUAAGAUCCAGGCUGAGUAAAUGUAAGAAAUAAUGAAAAUAAAACUAAGUUCACAUUUUUCCUUGAGCCACUUCCAUGCAAUUAUUUAUGUAAGUCUAAAAGAAAUCAUAUACCAAGCUCUCAGCAACUCACUUCUUUGGGUGUUCUGGCUCUCAGCAGGAUUGUAACUACAGUUUGCAUAACAAACUCAUUGCAAAUCUGGAAGUUACAAGACUAUAAAAAUUGUUUA